CACCAGAGUUCGAAAUACUUAUUUAAUACCGCGCAAUUCCUCAAUUGAAGCUUGAACCUUCAGAUCUUUGCGAACAUGGCUCGACCAGGUUGCCGCGGCUUCUCCGCUGCCAUACAGAAAACCUUUGUCCGAUACUAUGCUGCACCGGGAGAAGGCAACCUCCCCGCAUCAAAGGCGAAAUAUGUGCCGAUAUCCGGCACAUAUCCAAAGGGAUUCUACGCAACCGGGCAUCAUGUGGGAGUUAAGGCCUCAAAUACCAGAUUUGAUGAUCUUGCGUUGAUCACGUCAUCGUCGCCAUGUUCUGCCGCGGCGGUAUUCACUACCAACAAAUUCCAAGCCGCGCCGGUCACGGUGACGAGGGACAUGCUGAAGCGCAGAGCCGGAAGUGGCGUAAGAGCUGUGGUGAUCAAUUCAGGAUGCGCGAAUGCGGUGACAGGAAGAGGUGGGAUUGAGGACGCAACCAAGAUGGGAGAGCAGACCGAUCAAUGUUUCGAGGAGCACGGAAAUGACGGGAAAGGCUCGAGGACGGUCGUCAUGAGCACCGGCGUCAUCGGACAAAGGCUGCCCAUACGAAAGAUCAUCAACUCAAUACCAGCCGCUCACUCGAAUUUGGGCCAGACGCACGAUCACUGGUUGAAAGCUGCCCGCGCCAUCUGCACGACGGAUACGUUCCCCAAGCUGAUCUCCCGUCCCUUUACGCUGCCGUCAAGCCCAGGCAAGACCUAUCACCUUGCCGGCAUGACCAAAGGUGCCGGCAUGAUCCACCCUAAUAUGGCCACCCUUCUUGGAAUCCUCUGUACAGACGCUCCGAUCACCCCUCCUGCUCUCCAAGCCCUCCUCAGCCAGUCCAUCGCGAAGUCUUUCAAUAGCAUCUCCAUCGAUGGCGACACGAGCACGAACGAUACCGUUGCAUUACUCGCUAAUGGCGCAGCUGGCGGCUCGACGAUCGACCUUCCAUCUGAGAGCGCAUCGUCCGAAUCUCGUGCCAAUUUCGACGCUAUGCAGACUACCCUUACGAACUUCGCUGCGGAUCUCGCGAAACUCGUCGUUCGUGAUGGAGAAGGCGCCACGAAGUUCGUCACGAUCCGAGUGGUCAAUGCGCUAAAUGACACGGAUGCGCACCUCGUCGCCUCCAGCAUCUCGCGUUCGCCACUAGUGAAGACAGCGCUCUACGGCAAAGAUGCGAACUGGGGAAGGAUCCUCUGCGCGACGGGCUACACGGCCGGGUUAAGCUCGACGGAAGAUUCGGUCAUCCCGGCUCAGACGAGCGUGAGCUUUGUGCCGACGGACGGAAGCCCGGAGUUGAAGUUGUUGGUGGAUGGGGAGCCUGAGAGUGUGGAUGAGGCGCGGGCGGCGGAGAUUUUGCAGAUGGAGGAUCUGGAAAUUUUGGUGAGGCUGGGGAAGGAUGGACAGGGGAGGGAUGGUGAGUGCAGGUUUUGGACUUGUGAUUUUAGUCAUGAGUAUGUAACGAUCAAUGGGGACUAUCGUACUUGAUUGAGCGAGUUGGGUCUAUAGUCCGCGAGGUAUGCGGAGUCGAGAGUCUGUUCGUUAAUGUCAGCGAUUAGAGCCUAGACAUGUCUAUCGGAAUAGGAUAUAUUCUUCAUCUAGUCUUGUUAAAUGGUUCUAAGCCCCGA